AAAAUACUUAUCUGAAUAUAGAAUUAUCAGUAAACGUAAGCCAACUUCAAGUGUAAUACUUGUUUUGUGCAGUGAAAGUAUCAUGGCGUCGGUAAAAGUAAACGAAGACUUAAGAAACGAAAGAAUUAAGUGUAAUUUUAAUGUAGAAGAAUUGACUAAUUUGUUAGAUGAUGGAGAAAUUAAUACAAAAAGGAGACGAGAUCUUGAGGAAAAAGUAUUAAGUGUAAAAGGAAUCCGAGACGAGGUCCCUGAAGAAUAUCUUAGUCACAAGGAAAAAUACGAAAAUGCAGUACGAAAAUCUGUUUUGUUAUAUAAAGCAUUACGGGAAUAUACAGACACGACUAUUCCUUUCGAUGAGAAAAUUAGGGCGAAUCUUCGCAAUUCAUUACCCGCUGCUGUUGUUAAGGAUAAUUCGCCUUUUAUGCUCCACUCCGAAAUGUUCAUAAUAGCUAUCAUGGGCCAGGGUACUGAUGAACAGAAAGAGUAUUGGUUAAAAAGAGCUAAUAAUUUGGAAAUUAUGGGAACCUAUGCUCAGACAGAAUUAGGGCAUGGUACUUUUCUUCGUGGCUUGGAAACUACAGCAACUUAUGAUGCCAACACUGAAGAGUUUAUUCUAAACAGCCCUACACUGACGGCUUACAAAUGGUGGCCUGGAGGGUUGGCACAUACAGCGAAUUACUGCGUAGUUAUGGCACAACUGUUCAUAAAAGACAAGAGUUACGGAAUUCAACCGUUCAUGGUGCAGAUCAGGGAUGAAGAAACUCACAUGCCUUUGCCAGGCAUUAAAGUUGGAGAGAUCGGACCUAAACUUGGCUUUAAUACUGUGAAUAACGGAUUUCUUGGAUUCGAUCAUGUUAGAAUACCGCGAGAAAGAAUGUUAAUGAAAAAUGCGCAAGUAUUAAAGGACGGUACAUUUAAAGCUUCACCAAAUAGCAAGUUGGCUUACGGUACGAUGGUGUAUGUGAGGGUAAUGAUUGUGAAUACAGUUUCUAAAUAUCUCGCUCGAGCGGUGACCAUUGCAAUACGUUAUUCAGCUAUUAGGAGACAAUCGCAGCCAAAACCUGGGGAGCCAGAACCUCAAAUUUUGGACUACGUAACGCAACAACAUAAAUUGUUAAUAGCGAUUGCAACGACCCAUGCUUAUCAUUUCACAGUGCGAUGGCUUUGGGAUCUAUACAGCAAUGUCAACAAAGACCUAAGUCGUGGACAAUUGGACAAUUUACCAGAGUUGCAUGCAUUGGCUUGUUCAUUGAAAGUCGUCAGUUCUGCUGACUGUACCGCCCUUAUAGAAAAGUGUCGUAUGGCAUGCGGUGGUCACGGCUAUAUGCUGUCAUCUUGCCUUCCUCUCCUGUAUGGAGUUUCGACUGCCACAUGCACCUACGAGGGAGAGAACACAGUGCUGCUGUUACAGGCCGCUAGAUCUUUAGUCAAGGCGUGGCGUCAAGCUUCGAAAGGCCAACCAUUGAGUCCUUCCAUGAUUUAUCUUAAAGAUAAUUUAGCGGAAACAUUGUGGAAUAGCUCACUAGAUGGAAUAAUAAGCAGUUUCCAAAGAGUUGCCAGAGGUAAGCUGUUGACAAGCGUGUCCGCCCUCGACCAAUAUACAGCAUCUGGACUGUCUCCUGAAGAUGCCUGGAAUAAAGCCUCCAUUCAGUUAACAGCAGCAGCUGAGGCCCACGCUAGAGUUAUAGUACUCACAGUUUACAAGGCAGAAGUAGAAAAAAGAGCGGCUACUCUAUCAGCUUCAUUAAGUGCAGUAUUAUACCAACUUCUCGAACUUUACUUUAUAUUCUGGACUUUAGAAAAGUUGGGGGAUUUAUUAUUGUAUACCAAACUAUCUGAAAUUGAUAUUCGGGCAUUACAAAAGAAAUAUGAAGAUCUUCUUGAGAAUAUUAGACCUAAUGCUGUCGGUCUCGUCGAUGGUUUCGAUUUUAGAGAUGAGAUACUGAAUUCUACACUUGGCGCCUAUGACGGCCGCGCUUACGAGCGUCUCAUGGAAGAGGCCUUAAAGAGCCCAUUAAACUCCGAACCAGUUAACCAAUCAUUUUACAAGUACUUAAAGCCUUUCUUGCGUGGAAAAUUGUAACAUGAAAUACGAUAAUAUAUAAGAUAUUUGAAAUUUAUGAUAUAUAAAAUGUACUUCACUGUUACUGUUACUUGCUUUACUUUAUGUAUAAUUCUUUUUACUUCAUAAUUAAGACAUUCUUUAAAAUGUUAUUAUGAUAUGAUUAUUUGUAAUUUUGCCAUGAAUUGUGAUUGUUGUGGGAUUUAAUAAAAAGUAUUAUGU